GUCCAAGGUGUAAACAAGUGUCCUGCCGAUAGAAGUUCAGUCUGUCCUUUCCGUGUCGAUAUUACCAUUAUCAAUCUGCCCUAGCUGUUACUAUGGCAGAAGGCGGCCCUUCUCCAGAACUGGACGAACACUUACUGAAGUGUCCAAUAUGUCUGGAGCGACUUCGACAACCCAAGUCCUUACCCUGCCUUCACUCUUUCUGUCAGGAAUGCCUUGGGACCUACAUCACCAAGGAACUGUCUGGAAAAAUGGCGUCGGCAACAUCGUUCCCCUGUCCCGUCUGUAGGAGAAUGACCCAGAUCGUCAAUCAAACGGAAGCUAAGGACAAACGGGCAGAACUGUUCCCGGUUAAUGCUAUAAUCCAGGACCUUAUCAAGCUUAAGGAGCAUUCGUCUGAACCACUGUACUGCAAGCCAUGCCAGACAAGAGGUAACCUGACCAAUCUAGCAAGAUUCUGGUGUAAAAUAAUGAACUUGAAUUUGUGCGAAACAUGUAAGGUGCAACAUCAUGAUGUCUUGCAUAAUGAAUGUGAUAUCUUAGAUAUUACUGGGUACGAAAGCAGGAAGACAAAACAAGAAAAAUCAGUCCCUAAAUGUGACCAACACGACGUGAAAUUGAUUUGGUACUGUGAAGACCACAAACGUCUCGGAUGCAACAUAUGCAUGAUCAAAGACCACCGACGUUGUGAUGAGGUGACAAAGGCGAUGGAAUAUUUACAGAAGUUAAAAGCCGGUUCACAACUAGAAGAGAUGGAGAUGGCACUGAAGAAAGGAGCACAGGCUAUGACGUCAUUGGUGAAGGAUUUUGACGAGCAGAUCAAAACCAUGGUCCAAAAUCAGGAAAUCGCACUGCAAAGCAUCAAAGAUCUGCGCCAAAGUGUCGACGAACAGCUAAACAAACUUCAGAAGGACGUCACUGAUAAGUUAAUUACAUUAUUUAAAGAGGAGAAGGGGAAUAUGGAGGUCUCGUCACGACAGUGUGAACGUCUGAUGAACAGUAUGGUUAAUACCAUGAAGUCGUCCGUUACCGCCGCAGUGGAAAACGACACUAUUAAUGCGAUAAUGUUGUAUCAGAGAGGACAGGCAGAAGUGGAGUCGUGUAAGGCCCUGGUUACAGAAAUAAGCAAGUCAUUCACGUCCGUCAGCAUUAAGCAUCAAAUUGUUCCCAGACUGGUAACCCUUGGUGAUGACGCGAUGGGGAAGAUCGUAAUCGAGAGACAACGCCGAAGUUUUCCUGGUGAUCUUGAAUACCUGCCCGUACCUUUGUCAGAGCUUCGUGUGAAAGAAAUAGGGAAGUUCAACGUAAAGACUCCGUCAGAUAAAGAUGAUUGUUUCAUAUGUGCAGUUCUGUACCUUCCUAAUGACCAGAUGGUACUUAGUGAUUUCGACAACAAGAAGCUGAAGCUGUUUACAGACAAAGGACAGUAUCUGGACGAGUUGACCGUUAAUGACGAUAUCUGGGACCUGUGUCUGGUGAACAUAAAUACCGUGACAGUCGCUUUCAACUGUCGUGGUGGGGUCCGUGUCGUGCGAGUCGAAGACUCCAAACUCUCCCUGUCGUCUGAGAUCAACAUGCCUAAUGACACGUACUGUUAUGGUAUAACACAUACAGACGGGAGGUUUAUUAUGAGUACAUUGGCAGGAGACGUAUACAGUGUGACACAGGACGGAGCGACUGAGUUGUUACAUAAGUACAACGGUGACUGUAUGUCCCUCACACAAGAUCCAGUAAAUGGAGACACACUCGUCAGUAUCGAUGGGGAUACGGGGGGCGUCGCGGUGUCCAGACUGUCGCUUGACAAACGUCACACGGAUGUGAUGAAGGUCGGUGUCGUGAGUGGUGCUAGGGGAAAAGACGUGGACAGGGAGGGUAACAUCUACGUGUGUGGUUUUUAUUCCAACAACGUCGUGGUUAUGUCAGGGGACGGGACACACGUCAGGGAACUGCUGACGUCAUCGGAAGGAAAUUGUAUUCCCUGGGCAAUAGCUGUUCGGGGUGACACGUUUGUGGUCACUUCUAGGAAUUGUAGAGACCAGGAUAAUUAUAUCCGAGUCUUUCAACUCUACUAAACAUAAUACAUAUGUAUACAUGAUUGCGUUGAUCACGUGACGUGUUUACACCAGUCACUAUGGUUGUGUACGAUAUUUAUUAUAAACUAUACAUUUCCUUUCCAUCAUACCGGAUAUUCCGUUAACUUUUAAAACAGAAAAUAUGACAGUAAAGGAGAUGCUUGUUGUUAAAAACUUUACAUGAGAGAGUGACAUUAUGAAAUCUUAUGCAUUGUUUUUCAUUUUUAUUUCUGUUUCUGUGGUCCUGCCCGAAUACCAUUAUGGUGUAGGAGUUUUACUGAAAAUUAUAAAAUCGUUAUUAUAUUUACCUGUCAGGCAGAUAAACAAUAUAAAUAUAAAGUGUCCGUUGUUGACUCUGAUCUUGUGAAAAAGACAGGAUACUGUUUUGUCGAUAAUUUUGCCAGUUCUAAUGGCACGUGGAUAUUUUUUCAUAUACGUAUGUGACCUUGGAUACAUCUUAGUCUCUUGAUGAACAUUCAAAAGUUUUUCUUCUUUUCUCAAUAAACUACUCUUUAUUU